AUGCCUCCAGCAGCUAGAGCCCUCAGGCAACGUGCCGUGACGAAUGAAAAUGAUGAGAAUGCCACUACGACACGCUUGACGCGUGCAAAGGCCGCCAACUUGGGCGCGACUGAGUCUGCCGCCGACGUCCCCAAGAAGGCUCUACAAACGAAAAAGUCAACCGCCACGCUCGCCGGUGCUGCGACGCGCAAGCGUGCCGCACUUGGUGAUGUCAGCAACGUCACAAAGACGGACGCCCUAGGUGCUGGCGCAAAGGACGGAAAGAAGACGUUGGCGACCAAGGGCCAACUCUCAAAAGCUGCACAACCCACAAAGGUCCAGAAGCAAUCACGAGCGAACACAACGCGUUCUAUCCUUGAGCCCAAGGACAAGAACACAUCGGAGCUGAAGAAGCGCCAAGCUAGCGGCAACGGUAUCUCCGGUGCGCCAGCCAAGAAGCGCGUGACACAGGCCGCGAAGCCGCUCAAGGAAGAGCCUAAAGAGGAGCCCAAGGAAGAGAAGGUCGAGGAGGAAGAUGACGACGAGGAAGAGAAUGUCGAGCCAAAGGAGAACGUUCCUGAACCGGAUGUCAAGGAGGUCAAGGAGGUCAAAGAAGCCAAGCAGGUCAAUGGUACCAAGAAGGAGGUCGAGGCACCAGUCACCGAAGUUUUCUAUGAUGGCCCUGAUCUAGACAAGGAGGAUGUUGAUGACCCAUUGAUGGUCUCCGAGUACGUUGUCGAAAUUUUCGAGUACUUGAAGGAGUUGGAGAUUGCAACCAUGGCCAACCCCGACUACAUGGACAGCCAAACUGAGCUGGAGUGGAAGAUGCGUGGUAUUCUCGUCGACUGGCUACUUGAAGUCCAUACUCGCUUCCGUCUUCUCCCUGAGACACUGUUUCUCGCUGUCAACAUCAUCGACCGUUUCCUCUCUGCUAAGAUCGUUCAACUCGACCGUCUCCAGUUGGUUGGUGUCACCGCUAUGUUCAUCGCCUCCAAGUACGAAGAAGUUCUAUCGCCCCAUGUACAGAACUUCCGACACGUUGCAGACGAUGGCUUCACAGAGGAGGAAAUUCUCAGUGCGGAGCGCUUCGUGCUUGCUGCCCUGAACUACGACCUAAGCUACCCUAACCCCAUGAACUUCCUCCGACGGAUAUCAAAAGCAGACAACUACGACAUCCAGACCCGCACAUUGGGCAAGUAUCUUCUAGAGAUCGGCUGCCUAGACCACCGUUUCCUCGCCCACCCCCCGAGCCAGGUUGCUGCUGCUGCUAUGUACCUUUCUCGUCUUGUCCUCGAGCGUGGCCCUUGGGAUGCCACCCUUACACACUAUGCUGGUUACACCGAGGAGGAGAUCCAGCCUGUUCUGCAGCUGAUGAUUGACUACCUUUCUGGUCCUGUUGUUCACGAAGCCUUCUUCAAGAAGUAUGCCAGCAAGAAGUUCCUGAAGGCAUCUAUCGUAUUGCGCAAGUGGGCUAAGGACUACGUUUCCGCUUAUGGUAACGCCCUUGAAGAAGAACCUGUUGUACCUUCCAAGACCAAGAGUCAGCGCUAA